AUACAAAGACUGAUGAACCUUGGGGCCUCUAAUAUUUAGAGGUCAUAAAGAAGAAGAGGAACCAGUAAAGGAAAAUGAUGAGUGGCCAGGAGGAGAAAAAUUAGGAGUGUGAUAUCUUAGAAGCUGGAUGAAAUGUGUUUCAGAGAGAAAGGAGUGUCAAAUGUCAAAGACUGACAAUUCAAUGACCCUAACAGGCAAUGUCAGUGGAGUCAUGGGGUUGAAAUCUUAUUUGGAAUUCAUGUAAGAAAGAAUGAGAAAGACUGGAGAUGGGGAGUAUAGCAGCUCUUUAAAGAGCUGUACUGUAAAGGGGAGCGGGGAAGUGAAUGUGCAGUCGCUGCAGGGAGAAAGUAAAUGAAGUCAAGAGAGUUUUCUUUCUGUAAUGAGAAAAAAAGUAUAGCGUGUUUGUUGAUAAUGCAAAGGGUCCAGUUGAGAUGGAAAAAUUACCAAGAUAAGAGAAUUGUAGAGCAACAUUCUUGAGGUGAGAGGAACUGAUUGACAUCUACUGCACAAACAGAGAGAAUAUCCAUAGUAACAGGAGGAAAGUCAGAGUCUAUGGGGACCGUAGAUGCAGAUAGGUGGGUGAAUGCACUGGUAAGAGUUACGCAAGGUGUCUUUUCAUUGCUCUAUUUUCUCAGCAAAAUAAGAUAAAUCUAUGAUGUAGAGAACUCUCUUGGGGUAGCAAACAAGCAAAAGAGGUAACAAUACUAUGAAAGAUUGAUGGAAAGAAGCAAAAUACAUGUUGGAAUAAUCAGACUAGAAUGGGCAAGUUCCAAAUAUACCCUGCCUGAGCAAAGGUUCAAAGACAAUAGUGAGAUUCAUGUGCAUUAGGGGAAACAAGUUUAAGUUGAGGUUUUGUACACCAGAGAAAUGAAAGUAAAAUUGGUUUAGUCCAAAUAGUAGAAGGCCUUCAAUGACAAGCUGAAGAAUUUAGGCAUCUAUUACUUUCCCUGAUUUGUAUAUUCCAUUCCACAGUGUUGCUAAGUGAUGUAUUCCAGAGUUCUUGAUUGUGAACUCCUGUGACUGCCAGUGAUGCACCUGAAGGACCAUUGGCCUUUUUCCACAAUGGCUAACAGCCGAUUUUCUUGUAGGCAAAUUUGGGUUAAGAUGUAUGGGUAUUUUGCGGGGCUGUGUCGGCACUUCCAGAAAUACUGCUGUGCCACUGUUAAGGGCUUUUUUGUUAAGAAGAAGGAAAAAAAAAUCCCUUCAACUGAGACUUAUUUUCAUAAGGAAAAAAUUGUUGUACUUGGUCAAGUGUUGAUGAAUGAAUCCCUACCCAUUGAGAGGAGAGCUCAAGCUGCCCAGAAAAUUGGACUGCUGGCCUUCACAGGAGGACCACCUGCUGGGAAAUUUGCAGCUGAGUACAUGAAAGAAGUGGCUCACUUGUUGCAAGAUGAGGAGGUGGCACCAAAAAUAAAGAUCCUGCUGCUCCAGAGUGUGGCAUGUUGGUGUUACUUAAACCCUGUCAGCCAGAAAAGAGCCCAAAGUCUGCAAUUUAUUCCUAUUCUCGUUAGUUUCUUUGAAGGCAGAUUCGAGUCUACUAUCAAAAGUGAAAUAAACAGCUACCUCCUCCUUAAAUUUUGGACCUGUUACGUUCUCUCUGUCAUGACAUGCAAUAACUUGUCUUACGUCAAGGAGCUUAAAGAGCACAGUGCUCUAAAAUACUAUUUGCAAAUGUUGGCUGCUGAGAAUUGGUCUGGAUGGACAGAGAAUUUUGCAGAAGUGCUGUAUUUCCUAAUUGGUUUUCACAGGAGUUAGUUUCUCUAAGUCCAGUUACAUGUUGCAGCUCUCUGUGCCAUUGUAUUACCCUGGACAACUGAAAUAAACAAUAAAAAUCGAUGUUUUCCUUUGUA